GCAACAGCUUGUCGUUUAACUGUUCUCCGAUCAAAUUUGAAUACUCGUCGUCCGCUCCAUGAUUCAUUCCACCGAUUUCUAAUCCUCAACGUCUUCAAUUUCUUUCGCCUUCUUCUCUCCCCAAUCCAGCGCCCAGCGGGAGCUAAUCGCAGCGUAGAAGAGGACACUCCAAAACAUGCCCGCCGGUUGCCGCAUCAGAGCUCUCUGGAUCCUCAACGGCCACGACGCCGUCGUCUUCUCCAGGAGGUUUCCGGUGGUGGAGAAGCAGUGGCGGGCGGCUUGCAAAAGUGAGGGCGAGCGCAGUGGCGGUGGUGUCGACGGUGCGGCGUUGCCGUAUUUGCCGUCUGAUUCAGAGUUGGCUUCUUCAUUUGCAGAGAGAAAGAAGAGAGAAGGAUCUGUCCGUGGAUUUGGCAUACGUGUGUCUCAGUCUGCUGAAGGUUCAGAUUCUUGGGUAGAUAAUCCAGUUAUGCGUCAUGUCAUUAGCAUUUACAUCAGCAAAGAAGAGGCAAGAGAAAAUUAUCUGUUGUGGCCUUUGAUCCUGCAUACGAAGAGUCAGUUCUGCAUCCUUGUACUGCCUUUGGUUGAGCUUGGACAUUUAGAUUCAUAUAAGGUAUUAUGCAAAAGAUCUGAUUGUGGCAAUGCUGUUGGAGGAGUGGAUGGAAGUUUAUCUUCGCUCCUGCUUGAUCUUCCAUCAGUUACAGGGGCAUUCAUGGUAACACAUGCCAUUGGUGAGAUAAUUUCUGGGGAUAUGGCUGAACCUGAAGUGAUUGUGAAUGCAUCCCCAUCUGUGGGAGGGUUAUUGGAUUCCUUAACUGGCAGCAUAGGUAUAUCAUCAAGAACAAAGCCUGUGGCAGCUCCAGUUGCAUCUUCAACUCCCUCCAAUACUUCUGUUGGCGCUGUCUCAUCAGAUGCUAUGAAAAUUGGUUCAAGGCCAUUGGAUAAGGAUGCACUAAGGACUUAUAUUAGUAGCUCGAUGCCCUUUGGUACCCCUUUGGAUCUCAAUGCUUCCAAUAUUUUCACUAUCAAGCUUAAUGGUUUUUCUUCAGCAGAUCUGCCUCCUGCAGAUGUCAAACAGCCUGCAUGGAAGCCAUAUCUUUACAAGGGGAAGCAGAAAAUACUUUUUACAAUUCAUGAAACUGUUGCUGCUGCCUUGUAUGAUCGUGAUGAAAUUCCAGAUAGCAUUUCAGUGUCAGGUCAGGUUAAUUGUCGAGCAGAAUUAGAAGGACUGCCUGAUGUAUCCCUUCCUUUGACAGGACUGAAUAGCAGUCGUGUCGAGUCUUUAUCAUUCCAUCCAUCUGCUCAAGUUCCAGAACAGGGUGCGGAUAAACAGUCGGUGAUGUUUUCACCACCAUUAGGUAAUUUUGUUCUGAUGCGCUAUCAAGCAUCCUGUGGGCUUGGACCUCCCAUAAAGGGAUUCUAUCAAUUGUCAAUGGUUUCUGAAGAUGAAGGUGCAUUUUUGUUCAAACUAAGCUUGAUGGAAGGUUACAAGGCUCCUUUGACCAUGGAAUUCUGUACUCUGACUAUGCCUUUUCCUAGGAGAAGGAUUAUUGCGGUGGAUGGAACUCCUUCAGUUGGAACUAUUUCAACUACAGAGCACUCUGUCGAGUGGAAAAUUUUAGUAAGUGGACGAGGUCUUGUUGGAAAAAGCAUUGAAGCUACCUUCCCGGGGACAGUUAAGUUUGCACCAUGGCAAACCCAAAGGUUCCCUUUUGCAAAAUCAUUUUUCGGAAGCAUGGAAGAGGAAGAUAGCGAUGUUGACACAGAACCCACCAAUAAUAUGGUCAAUGUAGAGGAAUAUCUGAUGGAGAAAAUGACCAAGGAUCUCCCUCCAGUCGAUUUAGAGGAACCAUUUUGCUGGCAGGCAUACAAUUAUGCUAAAGUGUCUUUCAGAAUUGCUGGGGCAUCAUUGUCUGGGAUAUCCAUUGAUCCCAAAUCUGUGAGCAUCUAUCCUUCUGUUAAAGCACCAGUGGAGUUCUCUAUUCAGGUGACUGCUGGGGAUUAUAUUUUGUGGAACACAUUGGGCAGAUGUCCCUCUGUAGCAAUGCCAAAAUAGACGAAGUCAUGUAAAAACUGUGGAUUGCUUACCGCCUUCCACGACUGUUGUGUGAGAACUCAGAAGGAACUUCAACAUUGGAUCUACAGGUGUUAUUUCAUUCAUUCUGAACCUACUUGUCUGGUAACUGAAUGGAACACAAACAGACUUGAACCUUGUCUAUGAUAAUAACAACAUUGGUCCUUGUCUAAUAUGCAAUAUCAUCUCUGAACUUUCAGUUAAUUAGUCAUGGAGAUGUCUAAUAUGUAGUGUUGUCCAUGAACUUUUAAAUUGGUUCAGUUAGAUCCUUAAAUUUUUGUGGUAUGUACAGUCGUCAUUUUGAACUUCCAAUUAAGUGCACAAAA